UCGGCUCUGAUUGGGCAUAGCUCUUGCGGCACGACUACAACAGCGAGCAUAGCAUCCAUCGUUAGCGUGGGCAUAGGUUGCACAUGGUUGCAAGACAUCACAUCCAUCUGCGUUGCCUCCAUCCUACAGUAUUAGGCCACUUGUUCAACUUCACCUUCCUGCAAUCCAAGGCCACAUUUACAACUUCUCUACCUGUAUAAGUUACGAUACUCCGCCCGAAUCAUGGACCUCAGAGCACUCACAGUCUACUUUCUUAUUCGUCGAAACACUUGGAUCUCAGUCAAAUCGCAACGAUGAGAGUCCUUAGUGCGCAGGCAAACUUGUUCAUUCUCUUACAGACCUCUGUAGUCCUCAUAACGGCAGUAACCGAAAUUGGAACCGACAUCACAUCGGCUUUGGGCUCACCCUCUCAAAUUCCACCUCCGUUUCCUAUACUCUCGAACAACAACAGUGGCAUAUUGAGUGGGACAGGGGUUACUACGAGCUCAAUAUCGUCCACGCAGGAGCCGCCUCUAUUUCCUAUUCCAUCAGGGAGUAGUACCAUACUUUUUGGCACGGGAGUUACCUUGAGCACGGUAUCACCAUCGCAGACAAUACUCAUCGGAACGGGAUCGGCUUCGCCCUCAGCCACCUCAGUAAUCAAGCCUCCAUCAGCUUCAGAUACUCUCAUCCCACCUUCAGACACUAUCGCAGGGACGACCUCACCGCCGGUUUCGAGCCCAAGUGCGACGGAUUCCACGGUGCUUAGCACCACUCCAUCUCCCGCCGAUUCUUCCGCCGCAUCGGGGUCAAUCUCAAGCGGAAGUGGUCCUGUCUCGAUCUCGAACAUUGAAACAAUUACGGGAGUUCCAUCAAGUACCGAUGUGUUCUCUCUACUACCGGUAGUUACCGAGACUCCUUCCAAUACAGUCGGAUUGAUACUUCCACCCGGAAUCACCCUGCCCCCAACGCCAAUUACGACGAUCGCGCCCACCGGAACUGAAAUCCAAUCAAGCGCUUCGGACUUGUCAAUUGGCAUUGCCGGUAUGUUCCCACUCAUCCAGAACUGGAUAGACAACCCUCAACCCUCCGAAAUUGCCACGGUGAUGGGCGAACUCGAUAAGAUACUUCCCAAAGCGUCCGAAUUCUUGGGUAAGCUACCGAAGCCCACUGACGGAGUUGAGCCGUGUAAAUCUGGAUUACGGCGCCGAGACUUAGAAGAGCUGGAAGAUCUGGAACUGCAUAGGUUCCAAAAACGGACCUUCCUCGAUGGCUUGUUCAAGACAGCUUUCUCUCUCGUAACUUGUGUCAUUGACGGUACCAACAAAGUCAAGAGCGGCGUUAUCAAUGGAGCGACAGAGGUGGUGAAGAGCUUGAGCGAGGAUUUGAAGCCGAUGGUCGAGGCUCUCAACAAAGUUGACCCGACCGAAGAACCUAGACCGUCUGCCUCAAUUUCGGACCAGCAAGGGUCUUCGCAAUCAGAGUCCUCAUCAUCGUCUUCUUGUACCUUGAGAACAGUUAGCGAUUGCAACAUUGCUUGCACUGCAACUGCCAUCACAACAGUGGGUGGAAUUAGGAAGCGAGCAGAGGGUGACUCGUGCACCACCGUUUGCGGAUCGCCAGUCACAAGAUGCGACGCUACAGGAGUCACAACGGCAUCUACUGUGACAUCCACAUCUUCGGCUUUUCAACGAUGCUCCCCUGAUUGCGCAGGUUGUAACGCCAACGGCCGCCCGCCACGCCCCCAGCGUUCCGAUCUAGGCACCUACUCAACAGCCACCAACGGUGUUCUCUUCUUGCCAGCCCAAACUGUGACAGAACUACCUUCAGACGAAGCUGUUGCGGCGCGUGGAGUCACACCGAGAGAGACCGGUUCCCCAAGCAGCAACUACAAACGAGCCCUCACCAAUCCCAACGACGACAGAUUCCGGGGCAACGUCGGUGCAUGGCUUCUAGUGCAAGUUACUUGUAGUCCAAAUGACCUAAAUCACGGCGCGGCCCCAGGCGUUUUUUCGACCGGUUUCACCUUCCCCCUCCUUGGCUAUUGGGACACUUGGAACCUUGUCGAUCUAUAUGGCUGCACAUCCGUCAUAGUAGUCUCUCGCAAGCGUGUUUUCAUGACACACAUCUGGGAGACACCUUCAAUGGAAGACACCAACAAUUUGCAGCAGCAUAUUCUCGGCCCUCUUCGUAACGGUGAUGCAGGUAUCCCACAGGGUCUUACCGCUUUCACCGGAGUGGGCGGUGAUUUCGAGAAUACGCCGCAAAACAAAGUACGCGCCUUCAUCAUCACGCCAAAUCGGCGGCUUGUGGAAAACCCCGACUACGAUGACUUGGAAUUUGAUUAUGAGGUUAGAAAGAUCAAGGAAGAACUGAACGACAUUCUCGGACGCAGCGACACCGUUCACAUUCCUUAUAUUGCUCGAGCGCCUGACCCCAACCGCAAUACUCCCUUCGGAAAGGUUCUGGUACAGUACGAUCCAGCUCAAGCCUGGCUUGGUCGAGAAGACGGCAGCUGUAACACGCAAGUCGCGCGGCUGGAGAUUUGGUUUGAAGACAGCCCGCGGUAUCGGUAUCGUGAUACAUGGGAGGCGUUCCCCAACCAGUACCUCCUGGGGCCGGAGCCCAUGGGUGCUGUUGGCGCAGCUCUAGCAAACGGCAAAAUGAAGCGCUUGAUAAGAGGCCGAGAAGUGACGGACGCGGAUGAGGAGGAGUGGAAGGAGUAUGCGGCUCUGAUGAAGCGCCAAAAUGAUGGGGUCUGUUUUAUGUCCAGCGCAACCCUUUCUGCAUCUUCUACUUCUCCGCCGUCUUCCACCACCCAGGAUCCAACCACAUUGCAGACCUCGAUCAUUCCUUCGUCGAGCGCUUUGGAAACUCCUUCAGCCUCAGGAAGUCCUCCACCUUCCGAAACCCCUUCUCCCACCGAGCCUUCGAGCCCCUCUGAUACCCCUUCUCCCACGCCAGCCCCGGAGCCCUCCACAGCAACCGAAGAGCCUCUACCACCAGCGACACAGACCCCAGAGCCACCCGCCCCAGAGCAACCAAAAGGGCCUCCCAAGAGCUUACAAGUAAUCUACGAAACUUUAAUCGACACGGGAGCGGGCGAUGAUUGGUUCUGGAACUUCUACGAAGGCGAACAGGGCGUAGCCGUAGACCCAUGCAGCGACCCACUGUUGAGCGAUGACAAGGCUCCCGAAAACCGAGGGUAUGAUGCACCAUGGCCAAACGGCGAAUGGAAACUGCGGUUUGCAGGCUACGCGGAGGACUGCACGUUCCAGGGUAUUGGCACGAAAGGCCCAAGCGGAGAUGUUGGCUGGCUCCACUGCCCCGAAAGGCCUGCUAUUAUGUGCCUUGAAGACCCGAAGAAAGCUGGAGGAAAGGACGCUUGGACGAACUGCGAAACCGGCGACUGGAGUAAGGACUUUCUCCCGGUCGCUUAUUGUGAUUGGUCGUAGAUGAGGCAUUUGUUGCUGGAGUUUUCAUGCUAUCUCGUUAUAGAUCUGUGAUACCCUAUUCUUUUUUGACCCUAGAUUUAGCCUUUUCAAGUUCGUCUUAAACGCAGGUAGGAGCUUUUCUUGCUUUAGAUAGCAUGAUCUAUAUAGCUUAGUGACUCAAAACGAGAGGAAAUCAAUCGA